AUGAAAUUCUCCCUCGCCCUCCUCGCGUGCCUACUUGCCGCCUGCGCCUCCGCGAGACACGUCGACGGCGGCGUAGCCUGCCGAACCGAUGCAGACGUCGGCACUUUAACUUGCUCUCCGGACUACAACCAGGUCAUCAUGUGUGAGAGGGGACCCAUGGUGCCCAAGAGGCUGGAAUGGAGGCCGUUCUUGAACUGUGAAGCCAUUGGCAGGAUUGACGGCGUGGGCUUCAAGUGUGACUGGAUCAGCCAUAAAUGCGUCCACAAACCGACGCAAGACGACCCGGCCUAUUUCCCUUAUUAA